GGAAGGCAAAAGCGACGGCUUUGUUGCUUUGUUGGUGAGAUAUACGAGCGGACGGCGUAUGGAACCUCUUCGUCUCUUUUUCCCUCCUGACUCCAUAAGUGUUAUUACAGCCCUCGAUUCCCACGCGGUCGAACUAACUACGUGAGACUAACGAGCUAGUCAGUGUGAGUCAGUCGAACUAAGUAAAAGUCACAGUUUUUCUUCAAGGCUGCUGAAGGAAGAAACUGUCUUGCAUCGAUCAGCUGUUUUUGGAGUCUUUCUCUUCUGUGCUGCUGCUGCUGCUGCUGGUGUGACGCUCGCCUUGUCCAUCACCAACCCCCCCCCCCCAGUCGGAUACCAGGUUUCACAUCUCCCAAAAAAAAAGGGACCAAAAAGAAAAUAAGAUCCGCUCCGGAAAAUACGCUGCUGCUACAGUUGCCCGCUGGAUCUCGUUGUCUCGUCGCACGAUCGACAGUUUCUCCUGCCGGCUCACAAAUAAUAUCCCCCCCUUCAUCCACUCUUAUUUGGUACGGGGCACCUCGACGGACAGAAAAAGAAGCAGAAAAACAAACGAAACCGAGCCAGCAAAAGACAGCGAAGAAGCAGGCAAAGAAGGACAACGACGGCCCAGCUUCCCUGCCUUUUGUUCUCCAAUUUUCGUAGCGUGGUUGUGGCUAGAAACAUCAUAAGAUCAGGCACAUCCCUCCUAUUUUCAUCGCUCCUGUACCUGCCUCUCCCUCUUCUUGUCUAAGAUGAUGUUGAGACGGUCUCUCGACUCCCAACGCCCCAUCAUGGCUCCCUCGCUGGCCUCGCAGCGUAACUCGAAACGAUACUCUACCAUCAGCAACCAGACGACGAGCAGCACGAUGACCGGUGACAGCCGCAUGGCCGAGAUCAAGGAGCUCAGCGCCGGCCUCGCACGUCUUGAGAACAAGCGGCUCAGCCAGCAGCGCUUCGUGCCCACCCCAGAAAAGUCAGAGAGCCUCAGCAAGCUGGCGUUGGGCGCAAAAGUUGAGCGAGCCCUCGGCAGGAGGAUGUCGAGCCAGGACGCCGUCAUGCGCAAACCCGUGGUUCUGGACGAGAAGAACAUGAUCAAGUCUGCCUCUUAGAUCCUGGAUGUCUUCCGCCCUUCAGCAUAAUACAACGAUAACUACCUACAUUCGCGUGCCGGCCUCAGCCUUACCCACUGAUACCUCUUUUCUUGCUGCAUUAAUCUCAUAUUUCGCUAUACCACAAAACCCACGGCUCCGAGCCUAUCGACCGCUGCUACGCCUACCUACCGUACCGUACAGACUUAUAUUUUUCCCCUAAUACUUCUUCUACCUGCGUGGUGCCAUCCUUUCCUCCUGCUUAUUUUUCUUACGAGACGACGAUACAACGAGGCAGUCCAUACGUCCGACAAACCUUCUUCUCUCUGCUGCUUUUUUCUCUGCUAUGCUGUCUUGGUCCGGCUGUUCCUCAUUUCUUGCCAUCUGUCGAGUUCUAUCCUUUUGUGUACGAGCAGUCUAAUAUCCAUGUAGCUGUAGAUGAUGUCCACAUACCAUGAAUGAAAUGCCAGAGAUACCUUUUCUACGCUCCUCCCCUUUGCUUCCUUUCUGUCUCUUCUUCCAUCUCGCUGUCGCCUCUAUCAAAAAAGUAGCCCAGCAGUAGGACAGAGGCUGUCACCGCAGCAC